CUCCUUGAUGCUGCUGAGGAGUGUGUUGGCUCUUCAGGAUGAAAGGGGGUUCGUUUUUCGUCAGAUCUAAAUAUAAGUCUGUGACAAAUACUCCAAAUACAGAAUCAGCCCAACUGUGAUGUGGGGGUGGUGCUGAGAACAGCUCUGGCUCCAAAAGUCACAAACCCCUCUGUUGGAUACGCGAGGAGGAGCAGGAAGGACGCAGGGGGAAACAAAAAAAAAGAAGUGCCUCUCCAUUUUUAUUUAAUUGAAUCACCAUGAAGAGGCAAAACGCCCGGACCCUCGCCCUCAUCAUCAGCAUCCUCACCUACCUGGUGGUGGGGGCGGCCGUGUUUGAGACCCUGGAGUCGAAGCAGGAGAAGAGCCACAAGAGGAAGCUGGACGCCAGGAAGCACGAGCUCAUGCGUAAAUACAACUUAUCCAAAGGGGACUUCGAGGAGCUGGAGCACGUCGUCCUGCAGCUCAAACCGCACAAAGCCGGAGUGCAGUGGAAGUUUGCGGGAUCCUUUUACUUCGCCAUCACUGUGAUCACCACCAUAGGUUACGGCCAUGCGGCGCCGAGCAGCGACUCGGGGAAAGUGUUCUGCAUGUUCUACGCCCUCCUGGGGAUCCCGCUCACGCUGGUCAUGUUCCAGAGCCUGGGGGAGCGGAUCAACACCUUCGUCAGGUACCUGCUGCACCAGGCCAAGAAGUGCCUUGGCAUGCGUCAAACGGCCGUGUCCAUGGCAAACAUGGUGACGGUGGGCUUCUUCUCCUGCCUCAGCACGCUGUGUGUCGGGGCCUUGGCGUUCUCCCACUGCGAGGGAUGGAGCUUCCUGCACGCCUUCUACUUCUGCUUCAUCACGCUCACCACCAUCGGCUUCGGGGACUACGUGGCCCUGCAGAGGGACGACGCGCUGCAGAACGACCCUCGCUACGUGGCCUUCUGCUUCGUCUACAUCCUCAUGGGGCUCACGGUGAUCGGCGCCUUCCUGAACCUGGUGGUGCUGCGCUUCCUGACCAUGAACACGGAGGACGAGCGCCGGGACGCCAGGCAACGGGCGCUCAUGUCCACCGGUAAACCCCGAGGAGAGGUGGCUCAGCUGCUUCCCCUCUCGGCCUUGACCUCUGUAGCAGAAGACGCCACGAAAGCAAAGGAUUUGAAAGGCGUCUACACCGAGGUGCUGCACUUCCAGACUAUAUGCUCCUGCUUGUGGUACAGGAGCAAGGAGAAGUUGCGUGGCUCCAUCCCUCAGGAGCUGACCUUAUCAAACCCCUACAUGCAGCAGAGCAGCAACUGUCCUCACUACGUGGAGCCAGGGUCGACGGGAUGCGUUUGCAGUCCACGACAAUGCUCGAGCAAUAGCUCCAUAACGACGGGCCUGAACCUCUUAUCUCCUUUCAGGAUGUUUAAGAGACGCAGCUCUGUUUAAAACUCUCGAAACAGCAGAUUUCAGCACGGCAGAAUGCGUCGGCACUGCCAGAGAGCCAGCCUCGCAGCAGAGACAAGACUGCAAGUUUGUGGUGCUAUAAUCCCAGUAAACAGUAGGACAUGAAAACUCAAAUAUUAGUUUGAGAAAGGGUUGCAGGAUAUGUUUGGGAGCAGUGAUGUGCAAAAGUGAAAGAAAAUUUCUGAAAAAGAAACUAACCAGGAAGGUUUUUUUUGGAAAUGCACACUUAAACAUGGUGAUGCACUGAAGAAUAGUUUCACAGGUUGAACGUGCAUGUACUAUAUAUGAGGCAUAAUAGCCAAAGCACAGUUGUUGGUGUUGGAAAUCUGAAUUCCCAGACCCCGCCUACAGUGCAGCAUACAAUAUACUUAAGACUUCAAAAGAAAAAGACAAUAAAAUAGUAAAAAAAAGCAAGAAUAAGCAGGAAAAAAUCUACUAUAACAAGUAACAGUUCAAAGGAUUCUCUGAGUCUGUUCUUAGAAAGUCGAAGUAACCUGUGUGUGCUGACAAGUCGUGAAAGAACACAUCUACCUGUGCACACACACUGCAGACCACGAGGUGUUCAGUGUAAACAGGUGACAACAGAACAGGUGCUGCACCACGAACUACAGGUGGACUCAGUUGAGGAUAUGUACAAUAAAAAAUGGAGAGAUAACAUCAUUUUACCUCAACCACUGGAAAUAAAAACAUCUGGUCUUUA